GCAGCAUAUUCCAAGCGCAAAGCGACUGUGGAGUUGUUCCUCGUAUCCGACGUCAAACUGAAUUCCGAGUCGGAAUCAGGGUAUUUUGGCAACGCACUGCAGGCGGCUUCUUAUGAUUGGCACAUACAGAUCGUGAAGCUGUUGCUCAAAGCUGGCGCAGAUUCUGGCGUUGAUGUUAACGCACGGGAAGGUCAUUUUGACAAUGCUCUACAGGCAGCUGCUUACGAUGGAGAGGAUCAAGUUGUCGAGAUACUUCUCAGUGCUGGGGCGGACGCGAACACAAGGAGCUUGUAA